AUGACGAUAAAUUUUGGAAGAGAUUCAAAUUUGAGGAAAUUCCAUAAUCCCUCUCAUGAGAUGAUUGUUUUUAGCUCUCACUGUGAAGGAGAGAAGAAGGAGAGAAGGAGGCUAGAAGAGAAGAAAGAGGGGAGGAGAGGAGGAGAGAAGAAGAGAAGAAGGAGAGAAGGAGAGAAGAAGGAGAGAAGAAGGAGAGAAGAAGGAGAGAAGGAGGAGAGAAGGAGGAGGGGAAGAAGAGGAGGAAAGAAGGAGGAGGAGAGAAGGAGAGAAAGAGAGGAGAAGGAGGAGAGAAGGAGGAAAGAAGAAAGAAAGAAGAAAGAGAGAGAGGGAGGACGAAGAGGGAGGAGGAGAAGAAGAAGGGAAGUGGAGGAGAAAAAGCAAGAGGAGGAGAAGGAGAGAAGAAAAGAAAGAACGAGAGAUAGAGAGGAGGAGAAAGAAGAAAAAGGAGGAGAGGAAGAAGAAGAAAGAAGAAAGGGGAGGACACGAAGAAGAAGGAAAAUAGAGGAGGAGGUGGAAGAAAGAAGUAUAGAAGAAGAACAAGAGGAGAAGGAGAAGAGGAAGGAGGAGAGGUGGAAGAAGAAAGAGGAGGAAGGAGGAGAAGAAGAAGAAGGAAAACUAGAGGAGGAGGAGAAGAAGUGGAAGAAGCAGAAGUAUAGAAGAAGAACAACAACAAGAGGGGGGAGGCAGAGAAGAAGGACAAGCAGAAGCAAAGGAUAAGAAG